AUGUCGCUCAUCAAUAUCUGCAGAGAGAACAACGACCCGUUCUACCGGUACAAGAUGCCGGCCAUCCAGGCCAAGACGGAGGGCCGUGGAAACGGAAUCAAGACCAACGUGCUGAACGCGGCCGACGUGGCCAAGGCCCUGGCGCGGCCAACGGCGUAUGUGAUCAAGUACUUUGGGUUUGAGCUCGGAGCAUUGACCAACAUCGACGACGAGAAGGAGAAGUUUGUGGUGAACGGUCAGCACGACGCGGGAAAGCUGCAGGACGUGCUGGACAACUUCAUCAACAAGUUUGUGCUGUGUCCGUCGUGUAAGAACCCGGAAACGGAGCUGACCAUCACCAAGGACGACAACGUGAUGAGAGAUUGCAAGGCGUGCGGAAAAAUCACGUCUUGUGACCCACGACAGAAGCUGGUGACGUACAUCUUGAAGAACCCGCCGCCAAAGAAGAGCAAGAAGAGCGGAACGGCCUCUGCUAACGUUGGAGGCGGUGGCACCAAGAUCGCCGAGAUUGCAGAGAAACAGCAGGACAACGAGUCUGGCGCAGGCGAUUUCGCCGGCGAAGCUCCUCCUUCGCGUAAGGUGGUGGUCAAGGACGAGGACUGGGCUGUGGACAUGUCUGAGGAGGCGGUCAAGGCUCGUGCGCGGGAGCUGGAAGGACUAACGUUGAGUUCUUCUGCCAACGACAAGUUCGAGGAGUUCGGCGAGUGGCUGUUGCAGGGCGACCUUCCCGACGACGUAGAGAUCUUCAGAAAGGCCUCCGAGACAGGAAUCAUUGGCGAGCCAAAGACCAUCGAGGUGCUGGCCCAGGUUCUGUUCACAGAGGAUAUCGUGGACCAGAUCGAGGAGCACAAGGGAUUGUUGGGUAAAUUGGUCACCAGCGAAAAGCACGAGAUGUCUCUGUUGGGAGGUAUCGAAAGACUGAUCGGGUUGCAACACCCAGACCUCAUCAAGAGCGUUCCAAAAGUGCUCAUGAGCCUGUACGAUAACGACCUGGUUUCUGAAGAUGUGGCUAGAGAUUGGGGAACUCAUGUUAGCAAGAAGUUUGUUCCGAAAGAAACGUCCAAGAAGGUCAGAAAAGCUGCUAAACCUUUCAUCAAGUGGCUCGAUGAAGCCGAAGAGGAAAGUGACGACGAAUAG